AUCUGAAGAGCCCCCCCCCUGAUAAAUGGAGAAGGCCAGAGUCAUCACAAUUUCAGAGCUAGUCAACGAAGGCCGUGCCGUCACAGGUGCAUCGUCCCUAUUCUAUUCACGUCCCCGUACCGCCGUCGAUUCGAAGUCAAGCCGUAAAUUUCUGGCACCGUUGAAGUACCCGGCGGUCAUCGUCGGGACGCUAUCUCUUCCUUCGGAAACCCUAAAAUGUCCGAAUCGCUACUGCUUUCGGUUCACAGACGGCGCCUUGACGAUCUGCUGCGAUAUCAUCGGUUUCCAAAUUCGCGCCAUUGGGAGUAAGAUGCGUGUUCUUUCCUGGAAUUUCAUUCCUAUGAAGAAGCAUCGCGGUGGGGUUUUGGAGAUUAUCAAGUGGAGAUUCGUGGAGGAUACUGUUGAGUUGCUUUCUCCGUGGUGUUCGUUUCCUUUGGUUCGGAGCUCGGUAGAGAAUGGUGGUGGUAUGUCACGGUAUAGCGUCCGUGGUGUGUUGGAGUCUGUUAGCCCUGUGUCUGUUGUUCCUUUGGGUUCUCAUGAUUCUGUCAAGGGUUUUUUAGUAAAGUUAAUGGCUUGUGAGUGUAGACGGAAGGAUGUGUUGGAUUCGAUUGAUUGUAGUCACUGUUUUGAUAAGUCAGUCUUCGUUUACUUCUGUGGUUCAGUGGCUGCGGGUUGGCACCCUGCCAUAGUCAAGCUAGUUGGAAGCCACAUUGCUCUAUCCGGGAUGAAGAAGAAGUUGGUUUAUAUAAGCAAAAGUGAUCCUCUGUUGGUCUUUGUCACCACUGAGAACUCUCUUCUUCAUUCACCUUGGAUUUCUAAGAAAGAUGAUUUUUUCAAAAGUGUUGUUGAUGGGCUAGGUAACUGCGGUUCCUACCUUGGAUUUGUCAACGGCCUCUACUUGAAAGGGAAGCUUGUUGAGCUGGAUGAAGAUGUCUGGCUUUUAUUGACGGAUCAGAUACAUAACAGAUCACACAGUAUCCGAACUGGUUCCCUUAUUUUUGUCAGAAAUGUUCAUUUUGUGAAUACUAAAUUUUCUUGGGGAAAAGUGCUUAUACUUGGGGCAUGUUUUAAGACCAGCAUCACAGUUGAAAUUUUUUCACCUUUUGAAACGAGUUGUCUUGUAGAUUCAUGUUUCCAGACAUCUCUGAGUCGUUUCCUUGACUCUUUGUCUUUUCCUGCAAGAUUUUGGACACUACUUGUUAGUUCAUGCUUCCAGAACUUUGACGGAAUCCCAUCAGACAAGGAAAGCUUGAGAUCAUGCCAGGAGGAUGAACUGACAAAGAUGUAUGCAGAGUCACGAAUAUCACCAUCCAUGUUUCAACCUAGGUGCGGACUUUUUACUGAAUUCUGCAUGCAUGAAUCUUGCGGAUGCAAUAGUGAAGCUCGUGAUUGCAACCUAAAAAUGGUCAUGCCUAUCUCAAGUUUUGUCCAUCAUUACAAGGUCUUGCUGGAUGAAUUGCUUUGUCGGAUUAAGAAAGAUGACACCCAGAUUAUUGCUAGUAAUUGCUUAAGUCAUCCAUCAUUAAUUCAGAAAAGAUACGGUCAUACAAAUGUAAAGAUUCAAAAAAGUGAAGAUAUUGGUGUUAUCUUGCUUGGAAGAUUGAAGAUUUCAGCUUCUGGAAUACUACAGUUGCAAGACAGAACUAGCAGCAUUAAUGUUCUGAUGCCAGACCUUCUAAGUGAUGGACAUUCCUGCAGGAUAUAUGAGGUUUCUGAUUACGAUCUCAUUAUGGAAAUGCCUGAAUCAAUGCCCCACAUUCCGUUUCUUCAAAAGCCACUUCACUGUAAAAUUUUGGUUGAUCCCACUACAUUGGCCAGAGAAAACACCUUGACAGUGCCAUUUUCUCUAUCGUUUGGUGCUGCAAGCUGUAGAACUGUUCUUGUGGAUCAGUCUAUUGACUGGAGGCAUGAUCUCAAUGAGUUCAAAGGGGGAAGGUUUCACCUAUUUAGGGUGACCCAUAAAUUUCCAUUUCUCAAAAAAGGUCUUCCAGGAAUGCCUGACUGCACCAGUGUUUUCAUUGAAGCUGUAAUCAUUCCAUGGGAACUCAUUUGCACUGUGACCGAAGACGGCGUAGCGGCUCCCCAGUUUGAUAAAAUCACGACCUCCAAAGAAGAACAUCCACAUAAGAGAUGUAAAACUAAUAAUUCAUUAGGGAGGGAAAGAGUAUUGUCUGUACUGCAUGAGAUUUCAUGCGACAUGACCAUCCGAUGUGCAAGUAGUCACUGUUCGGUCAUAGCAGCAACCCUGUCUAAUUUAAAGGAAAAGAAAAGUGGUAACAUGGGCAGUGUGAAGCGUGUGCUGUUAGAAUUCAUACCUGAAUGCAAAAACUACAAUGGGUUGCAGGUUGGCGGUUGCUAUUUGAUGAAGCAUGGCAUUGACGAUUCAUUUUGUUUGGGACGGUCUAGCAUAUCUAACAAUGAUAAAAUCAAUAUUAGACCCGAAUCACGUUUCUGGAGUCUAAAAUUUUCUUUUGAUGAAGUUUUAACCCAUGAUGGAUCUAUGGAUGUAUAUCCUCUCGUGUCUUCCCAACCAUCUCCUGCGGUGGAACAACGAGAUUUUUCUUGUCCACAACGUUUUUCAGAGCCGUCUCGGCCACCUAUUUCCAACAGCUUGUUUCCUGAGGGAAACCUAGCAACUUUUAGAGGUGAUGUAGUAGCGGUUGAUGCUGCUGACUCGAGUGUCAUCAGCAGCUAUUGCAUUCAUGUUCGAGUCGAUUAUCAAAUUGUGAAGAUUUUUGGUCCACUUAGAAGGCAUUCAUAUCUCACUGGAUUUGGCCCUGGGGUGAAUGCAACAUUCUACCGGAUUCUUGGAACAAGAGAGGCAAACAGGUUUCUAUUGUCAUCAGCAUCUUUUGUCAAAAUAAACUCACGAAAGGCAUUGGAUGGUCCAGCGUUAGACGAACCUACUCAUCAAACUCCUAUGGGUCUGCCUAAAAUUAGACCUCAGGUAUCCUCAAGACACAAGGAUAAUCGGCAAAUUAACUUUGUCUGCAAGGUUCUUUCAGUUCAUCUUCUGGUUCUCGAAGCAGGAUCUGAUGAAGACUUAUAUGGGGAAAAUAUGGAUAUACCGCUUGCAGGAUUUGUGAUGACGGAUCAUCAACUUAUCUUUGCUGGACGAGUGGGGAAACAGCGUUUACAUUUCUUAGGCUACACGAAGAGUUGCCUGACAACGACAUUGAUGUGGCCCAGUGGAUCAGAAGCGACAGCAGCCGGAGCACAAUAGCUUCCCAUCUUGAAAAAAUUGUUUGGGUUCACAAGAGAAUAGUGAUAAAGGUCAAAGGAUCACAGAAUGAUGGACCCUUUCAGUGCGUCACCAUUGAUGUUGCUUCACGACAACUUCUCACCCAGUCAGAGGAUAAUUUCCUCAAGUGGUUGAUACUAAAUGCCACUACCGGCCCCAUGUGGCAUGUUACGGCGAGCUCAAUGGACAAGAAAAUGAUUCAGCAUGUGGAGAGAGAACAGUGUGUGGAGAUGGAAGCUUCAGGGCUUACUCUGCGGAACGUUUGGGGCAAUGAAAUAUGUAAAGUGAAUACGUUGGCCCGAGCUUGGAGCUUACUCCAAGGUUUACUAAAUACUUUAUCGUGAUUUUUCUUCCAGGACAAUAAAUCAGCCCGAAAUCAAUUCUUUUAUUUUAGUUUAAGUUUUUAUGGUUUAUUCAUUUUAAUUUUUUUUUUGUUGACGUUCAUUUAUCGGAUUCAAUCCCCUAUAUAUUAUUUGAGAAUCAUUUAAAAAAUUGUAACCUUAAGUUUGUAAGAAUUAAAAAUAACUCAAAUC